AUGUCUACUGAAACUUCAUUUGAAAAAAAUUUAAAUCAAAAGUUGCUCAAUUUAAUCGAUCCAAUUGAUCCAAUCAACUCAAUUGAUUGUUUUUCUUAUAACAAAUUAACAACAAAUUCUAAUAUAUAUAAUCGACAGAAUCGACAGAAUCUCAGAAAGAAAAAUUUAGUUCAUUUCCAAAAUAUCAACCAAAAUAUCAAUACUAAUACUAAUCCUAAUGAUCAAUACAUUGACCAAUAUUUCAAUCAAUACAACAACAACCAAUUGAUUAAUUCAAAUAAUUAUUAUCAAUCUUUAUCAAUAAACAACGCUAAUAAUUCAAUUAACAACUCAAUUGAAAAUUUUAAUCCACUAUUAAACUCAAUUUAUAAUAGCAAUCACCUAACCGCCAAUACAAAUGGGAUCAACAAUAUCAAUAAUAUCAAUAAUUUAAACAAUAUUAAUAACUAUGCAACAAAUUUUAACGGGUUUUCCUCUCUGAAUUCUAUUAUCAAUGAGCCAUCUCCCAUAACGUUAGAUAACAACACUUCAUUAUCGAUAAAUAAAGAUAAUUACACUUUUCAAAAUCUUUUUGAUUUUAACAAUAACAAUCAUAACAAUAACAACAAUCAUACCAACCACAUCAGCAAUAUUAAUAACACCGACUCUUUUAAUAUUUCGAAUAUUAACCAAUUUAGUAAUCACAUUGACUCAAUUGAUAUUAAUUUAAAUCAAAUUAACAUUAAUAAUAAUCUUGCAAAUAUAACCACUUUCAAUUCCCUCAAUCCUGAUUUAAGCGCUAGUAUCAACAAUCAUGAUCCUAUUCAAAAUAACCAAAAUAACAUCAAUAAAGAAAUCAAAAUGGAAAUUAAUAAUGAAUUAGAUACAAACUUUAAUAAUGUUUAUAAUAACAACAAUAAUAACCAAAAUUAUUAUCAUGCCUAUUACCAAAAUCAAAAAGAAUGUAUUAAAACCGUUAAUGAUACAUUAUCUAAUUCCAAAUCUGGUAAAAUCAAAAACCAAAAAUUACAUAAUAUAAAACCAAACAAACCAACAAGCUUGUUUUCACAUAUUAAUGAUAAUAAUGAAAACAAAAAUUAUAAAAAUUUCAUUACAAAGGAUAAUGCUGAAAAUAAUAACAUUUCUAACGAUAUUAUUCAUAAAGAUUCCUAUGAUUAUAACAAUAAUACCAAUUUAAAUAUCCCAAGAUCUGCUGGAAGCUAUUCAGAUAUAAAAUUCAAAUUCUACUCACAAUCUUCAUCAAUCCCAAAAAACUUCAAUAUUAACAAUUUAUCGGAAAAUAAUGAAGAAUCCCCCUUCAAAAUUAUUAAUUUUACAAAUGAAACUGCUCCUAAUUAUAGUAAUAAUGAUGAAAAUAAUGAUUAUGAUAAUAAAAAGAAAGAUUUAAAAAUAUCUCAAAAAAGGCAAAGAUCUUAUUCAAGCAAUUUAGAUAUAAAAAGUUACCAAAGACCCGCAAAAAAGAAACAAAAGUUUAUUGUAAAUUCUUUAAGUUCUUUAAAUUUAUCAAAAUCUUUUAAUCCAUCUUUAAACACAGCGUCAUCAAAUGACUUUCCAAGCACAAUUGGAUCAAUCAAAUCCUCUUCAUCUACUUUUGCUUCAACUCCAAAGUCAAGACAUUCUCGUUGGACUAAAGCUGAUGAUGAUUUAUUAAUUUACUACAAGGAACAAAAAAAUUAUUCGUGGAGAGAAAUAUCUUUAAAUUUAAACAAUAAAUAUACUUGGCAAUCAAUUCAAAUGAGAUAUUUAAGAACUCAUAAAAAUAGAUUCAAAAAUUGGACCGUCGAUGAUCUAAAGAUUCUAAAAGAAAUUAUUAACGAUGAUUGGAACAAUAGGUUUAAGAGAAUCCAUGAAAAAUUCAAUCGCUCAAGCAAGUUUCAUUUUUCCAUGGACAAAUUAAAAAAUAAAUUAAUCUCUAUUAAUGAAAAAAAAUUUUUAAAUAUCCAAAAUGAUAAAGUGGAUAAAGUUUUAUUAACUUUCAAUGAGACUGAAAAGUUUUUGUUGCUACAAUAUGGUCGAACCUAA